GGCUGACGCGUCAGCGCAGCAUAAGAUGCACUGCGCAACCGCAUUGGCUUCCCUUACGAUAUGUGCUGCCUGGCCACCGCCUUCCAUCCAUCCGAGCUGCCACCCCUUCGCCUUCUUCCCAGUCCUCCCUACCCCUCAGCAUCCCAACCGUGCUACCCACCCCUCAGCCUCCGAUGCUGCAUGAAGGAUUUCCCCCUCUUCCCGCGGGAUACUCAUGAUAAAUGGACUGAGACGCUCGCUCUAAAUUGAUGCGCUAAUGACAUUUUAUUUAGUCUUCAAAUAUGAAUCAUGCGUCUGAUAUUCCAUCUGUGUCUGCUCGCUAGCAUAUUUAUUUCCUUGCCAUCUUACAUCGCCUCAACCUCAACGUUUUCCAGCUCCAUACAGAAUGAGGAUCUCAGGGAUCAGCAGGUGUCUGAGACCCCGCGAGAAGCGACAGCAGCAGCACCGGUCAAUUCCACGGGUAGAAUAAAUGGAGAGUACGAGGUCACCGUCACAUAUCCCUUCCGGCUCAUCUACUACUUGAAUGAGGAGUCGGAGAGCACGUAUCAUGACUUGGACACUCGGGCGAGGAGCCAGGCCAGUGUUGGACAGGAUGUCCACCUGGCCCAAGCAAGUUUCCAGCUGGACGCCUUUGGCACAACAUUCACUUUGGACCUUACAUUGAACAAUGAUCUGCUCUCUUCAGAUUAUAUGGAAAUCCACUAUGACAAAGAUAAGCCAGUUCUCUCCAGGGGCGGGGAACACUGCUACUACCACGGCCACGUGAGAGAAAAAGAAGACUCCCGUGUAGCUUUGUCCACCUGCAACGGGCUUCAUGGGAUGUUUGAUGAUGGUGACUUUGUCUAUCUCAUCGAGCCUCUGAAACAGACGCACACCGUGGAAACAGACGCACGACCCCAUACUUUGCGUCGAACAUCAUCGCUCCAUGUGACCUCUGUCCCAGGUGACUGGGUUGAGGAAAAAGAAGAGGAGAAGGGUAUUUUUGCUGGCAUGCCUUGGCUAAAGCGAAGGAGGAAAAGAGCUAUGCCACGUAACAUUUUUGAGGAAAUGAAGUAUCUGGAAAUAAUGAUUGUCGCUGACCACAACACGUUUAAAAGGCAUAAGAGUAAAAAGCAUACCCGGAAUUUUGCCAAAUCAGUGGUCAACUUUGUAGACGCUAUUUUUAAGGAGCAGCUGAAUACGCGUGUGGUAUUGGUUGCUGUUGAGAUUUGGACCGACAGGGACCGGAUUCCGCUGAACGUGAAACCAUUGGAAAUGCUAAGAGACUUCUCAAAGUACAGACAACAGAACAUUAACAUCAACGCUGAUGCCGUGCACCUCUUCACUAAUGUGACAUUUCAUUACGGUCGGAGUGGUGUUGCAUAUAUUGGUGGUGUGUGUUCCAAAGGAAGAGGAAUUGGUGUUAAUGAGUUUGGCAGCACAUGGACAAUGGCUGCCUCUCUCUCUCAGAGCUUAGCACAGAAUCUGGGCAUCCAGUGGGAUCCUGUGAUCAGGAGGAAGGAGUGUGGCUGCAUGGAUUCAUGGGUGGGAUGUAUAAUGGAAGACACUGGAGUGCAACACCCACGCAGGUUUUCCAAAUGCAGCAUCUCUGACUACAGGAACUUUCUUCUGAGAGGAGGUGCUUCAUGUCUGUUUAACAAGCCAAACAAGCUCUUUGAGGCUACAGAAUGUGGAAAUGGUUACGUGGAAGUGGGAGAGGAGUGUGACUGUGGGGCUCGAAUGGAGUGCUAUAAAGACUGCUGUAAAAAAUGUUCUUUGUCUAAUGGAGCACACUGCAGUGACGGCCCCUGCUGCAACAACACAUGCCUGUUCUACCCACGGGGAUACAGCUGUCGAUAUGCUGUAAAUGAUUGUGACAUAUCAGAGACUUGUUCAGGAGACUCGGGACAGUGCCCCCCUAAUCUCCAUAAGCAAGAUGGCUACUCUUGUCAACUCAAUCAGGGUCGCUGUUACAGUGGGGAAUGUAAGACCCGGGACAGCCAGUGCAAAUACAUCUGGGGUCCAAAGGCUGGAGGGUCAGAGAAGCACUGCUAUGAGAAGUUAAAUACAGAGGGGACAGAAAAAGGGAACUGUGGGAGAGAUGGAGACAAAUGGGUGCCCUGCGGCAAACAUGAUGUCUUCUGCGGUUACCUGCUGUGCACUAACAUUGGGAGAAUCCCAAGGAUCGGGACCCUUAAAGGGGACAUCAGUCCCACCACCUUUAACCAUCAGGGGCGACUGGUGGACUGCAGUGGGGGACACGUCCUGUUGGAUGAUGACACUGAUCUAGGGUAUGUCGAAGAUGGUACGCCGUGUGGUCCCUCUAUGAUGUGCCUUGAGCGGAAAUGUCUAUCCAUCUCCUCUCUGAACCUCACAGCCUGUCCGUCUGGCCCGGCUGGCCGAGUCUGCUCUUCUCACGGCGUGUGCAAUAAUGAAGCAACCUGCACCUGUGAUGCUACAUGGGCAGGGACUGACUGCAGCAUGCAUGACCCCCCAAAAGAGCCACCCGUCAUCGAGGACCCGGGUCCCAAGGGUCCUAGUGCCACCAACCUUAUCAUAGGCUCCAUCGCAGGGGCCAUCCUGAUGGCAGCCAUAGUGCUGGGGGGGACGGGAUGGGGAUUUAAGGUGAGAGUUUGAGCGGAGAGGGGUGGAGGUUGUGUCGUAGGCAGCCUUUGUGCCAUGGCUGGCUGCCACGCCCUCUUAUCUCCCGGAAGGCCCUGGGCCCCACUGAAAACCUAGAACAGAGCAAGAGCCCUCACCCCCCACCCGGACUCGCCCGCCACCGCUGCCUUUACUGCCUGCUUCACAGAGACCUGGUACAGACACACGCGCUGCACUGCACCUGCAUGUUACCCCAGUCACCCCCCUACACUGCGAUAGUGGCGUCUCCUUUCUAAUCUCUCUAUGGACAGGUGCAUGUUAAACUGCUGGGAUGCCCCACAUCAAGCCACGCUACGGGGAGGAUGUGUCAAACCCCUGUUGUUGUUGGUGUUGUUGCAGUUCUUGUUGCCUUUCUUGUUGUUCCUGGUGGUAUCGUGGUAGUUCAUGUUGUGGGUGUGACGUCCUUUUCUGACCCUUGAUGUUGUACACUCUUCUUGCUGUUUUCUAUGUCUAUGUUCGUGUUUUCUCCCAGGAGGUAAUGUUCUUUUUCCACAUCCCUUGUUGUCUUUCUAACACAUACUCACCCUGCAGUCAGCGGAGGGACACUCUGUGUCUCUCCUUGCUGCUGUGAAGAACCGCCAUUUUUACCCGCCGCAACCCGACGGCAUUAGGAGUCAAAACUACAUGUUAUGAGUAGCUUUUGGUAAAUAAUUUGAAUUGAUUAAGAAGCUGAUGAAACGACUACCAUGUGGUUGCUGCGGGUUAAGGCGGUAAGAUGAGCAGCAAAUUGUAUGUUGAUGUCUCUGGCAUUGCCUGCACUAACCCCCCUCUCGUUUUUUUUGUCAUGUUUGUCCUCAUCACCAAGAAAUGUCAAGAAAAGACGAUAUGACCCUAAUGCCAGUGCCAUCUAAAGGCUAAGAUAACUGCAUCCUUGCCUAAUGUGCCCCUGGGUUCCGACAGAACCCGCUGGACUGUACCCUCUCCUGCUGUUGACGCUGCUGCCGACGGCGUUGGCGUUACUUGAAUAAAAAAGGACAGCAAGCAAGAGAAGAAAGAACAUUUUGGUCGAACAUUUUUCAUCCAAAGUCAUGUAGAACUUCUCUAGAGCUGUUCCUUUGCCCUCUGCCCCUGAGCAUCCACACUGAACUGUUUAGCAACCCUGAAAACUGGUAGUGGAUGGUACCACUCAUCAGGCCAUGACUUCCUGUUUACAUGCCCCCAACCUACGGUUCUGACCCAGGCAUGACCAGCUUCAGCUGUGGACCUCGCAUGGCAGAGGAUGGACACCAAUUCAAGACUAUUGUUCAUUUUAAAAAAGAAUGAUUUGAAGUGUGAGUAGGCUGGUAACAUAUCCAUGUGUUUUUCAAAAGGCUAAAUGACCACACCCUAUGAGCGUGACCCAUAUCGGACAAACAUUUCAAGACAUAAUUAUAAUUUUUUUUGUUAUUCCAGCAUGUUAUAUUGCAGGCAUUUUCUGUAGUAUUAAUGAAACAAAGAAACCCAAACAAAAAAAGUACAAAAAAAUGAUUUUUGGCCGGCAGCGUAUAGUGCUGCAUGAUGAAAUCACCACUGAUAUAUAUGCCUGAUGACAUCAAUUACUGUUCCACUUAAAAAAAAAUAAUAAAAUGAAAAAAAAAAACAACAACAAUUAAACUGUCUGGGCCCUGUAGGUCUGCCAUGACCUGAAUGCCAUCACUGGCCAAUCAGAGAGCUGCAUGAUGUAACUGCACUGGGGGCGGAGUCCACACAGCCUGCUGCGCUUUUCAAAGUAUCUGCAUGUCAAAGGAAAAACCGUUAACAUUUACUUACUAUGCAAAAGGGAAACACUGCACAAACAUUGGUUUGGUAAAGAAUUCUCAACUGAGUCUAAAAAUAGCGGAUUAUUAAAAAGGCAGUCUUUUAUAUGCUCGACCAUCUAUGUUUGACAUUAUAAUAAGCUUCUGAUUACUUAAAAUGAAUGUUUCUAUGAAAAUCUCAGCUUCUGAAAAUAUCAUUGUCAUCUGUGUGGGACAGCAUAAUUGAGUCACUUGUGAUAUUGAUUGAUAUAAUUAAUAUGGGCUGUUUAAGAAGAGGGAGCUCUGGUUUGGGGCUAAGUCACUGGAAUAAGAGCAGAGAGAGAGGGUGUUUUUCUAUACCAUCAUUGAUCUACACCAUCAGGUUUUUGAACUCAUCUUCUAAACCCUGAUCCCUUUUACAGCUAUCUCAUGUUCCCAUGGAAACAUUGUCAAAACAACACUUAAUUAUAAUAAAGAAUUUAUCAAAAA